AUGUAUAAGCCAAGACAAGUAGAAUAUUCUAUAGGUCUAAAAUAUUUUGGAAAAAAUAAAAAUAAAAAAAUUCAAAGUUUUGUUGACAAUUCACAUUGUUUUGGUAGGUUAGCUAAUCUCUCGUAUUUAAUAUUACCAGUAUUACCAGCAAUAGUUAGUAUAAGCAUCAAGUAUUUAUAG